AUGAGCUCCUCCGUGGCAGUGUACCGGAGCAUCUUCACCGAGGACCGCUUCAAACAGGCCUACGGCUCCGAGGAGGACAACACAAGUGGAAGCGUGAGUUUGCGGGACAAGCUGGCGGCGAGGUGCAGGUGUUCACGGCGGUCCUGCCUUCACCUGCUCGGGCAGAGAGUUCCCAUUUUCAACUGGCUGCCGGGGUACCGCUUUAAGAAAUGUUUCUUGGGAGACACUAUCGCUGGUCUUACAGUUGGCAUUCUUCACAUCCCACAAGGGAUGGCUUUUGCACUACUCACUUCUGUAGCACCGAUAUUUGGUCUCUACACGUCCUUCUUCCCUGUGGUUAUCUAUAUGAUUUUUGGCACUGGUCGCCACGUAUCCACAGGUACAUUUGCUGUUGUGAGUCUCAUGACUGGCUCUAUCGUGGAGCAGCUGGUCCCAUCAUCUCCGGAGCUGAACAUAAGUUCACUCGACGGUUCUGACUUUGAGCUACAGAGGAUCGGCGUGGCCUCAGCUGUAGCGCUUCUUUCAGGAAUAAUCAUGCUAUGUAUGUUUGGUCUUCAGUUGGGCUUCCUUUCCACCUAUCUGUCUGAGCCUAUUGUAAAGGCUUUCACCAGUGCGGCUGCCUUCCAUGUUACCAGCUCGCAGCUACAGAGCAUGCUGGGCUUGCGCCUCUCUCGCUACACGGGGACGUUCUCCCUUUUCAAGACUUUAGCAUCUGUGAUGGAGAACCUCCCUCAGACUAACAUGGCGGAGCUACUGAUCUCCUUAGUGUGUUUAGCGGUGCUGGUUCCGGUAAAAGAGAUCAACACGCGCUAUCGGCAGCGCCUGCGCACGCCAAUCCCCGUGGAGAUCCUCACGGUGAUUAUUGCCACCAGCGUGGCCUAUGCUUUCUCUCUGGACUCUAAUUAUGACAUUGAGAUUGUUGGCCACAUUCCAGCAGGAUUUCCAAGACCUCAACUGCCUGCCAUACACACAUUUCCUGACAUUGCUGGGGACACCGUUGCCAUCACAUUUGUUGGUUACGCUGUUUCUGUCUCACUGGCGAUGAUCUAUGCAGACAAACAUGGAUAUUCCAUCAACCCCAACCAGGAGUUGUUGGCUCAUGGUAUCUCCAACACUGUGUCCUCCUUUUUCACCUGCUUCCCAAGUUCGGCCACUCUGGCCACCACAAACAUACUGGAAAGUGCAGGGGGAUACACACAGUUUUCCGGCUUGUUCACCAGUCUUGUUGUAUUAAUGGUUCUGCUGCUCAUUGGACCGCUUUUCCAAUUCCUACCUAAGGCGGUACUGGCAUGCAUCAACGUUACCAGCCUAAGGCAAAUGUUUCUGCAGUUCCAGGAUUUACCGGAACUGUGGAGAAUCAGCAAAAUUGACUUUAUAGUUUGGGUUGUCACUUGGCUGUCUGUUGUGGUUCUCAAUGUGGAUCUUGGUUUAGCCAUCGGGGUGGUCUUCUCAAUGAUGACCGUAAUCUGUCGCACACAAAGGGCAGGUUGCUCCGUGCUCGGCCGGGCUAGCAACACUGAAAUUUACAGACCCCUGGAGAAUCAUAGUAAGUGCAAUGAGGUGCCAGGGAUGAAGAUCCUUACGUACAACGGGCCUAUUUACUAUGGCAAUCGUAGCUUCUUUCGGGAGCAGAUGAGCCGCCUGUUGGGCGUGACACCAGAGAUGAUCCGCAGCAAAGAGAAGGCCAGAAAAGCUCUGGAGAAGCGUGAAAGACAAGCUGCUGUUAACACUGUGGAAAGGGGUAUUGCUAAUGCAUCGUUUUCCUCAGAAAAUGAGUUCUUCAAAUCUGAAGCCUCUGAGCGUGAAGCCCAGGCAGUAUUAAUUGACUGCAGCAGCGUGAUAUUUGUUGACGUUGCGGGAGCGAGACUUUUCACUCAGAUGUGCGUUGAAUGCCAGAAAGUUGGAGUUAAUGUCUAUUUGUCCAACUGCAAUGAGAGUGUUUUAAAGAUCCUCACAGCAAGCGGUCUCAUGAACUACAUCAAACCGCAGCAUAUUUUUGUCACCGUACACGAUGCUGUCAUGUACAUUCAUCAACAGAAGGAAAAACAUGCGGAAAGCACCACGACUGUUUGGGUGUGA